UUGCCUGCCUCUGUCCAAAGGAUUAGUAGCAGUAGGGAGUGAUGCUGUUUCUCCUUUCCUCUGUAGUUCGCGGGAGGUGAAGGAGCUCUGUCUGGACUCACUCCUUGGGCAAACAAAAGGACCGAAGGAAAGAAGAGUGUCCAGAGCUCCCCCAAUCAAACUCUUAAUGAAAGUGUUAAGCAGCUGUAAUACUUCAAAGACGCUAAAUGCUGGGAACAUGAAGAGUCUGAUUGAGUGCCAGUCAGAGGUUGAUGCCAAGAAAUGCUCCCCGCUGGUCCCAGCAGAUACUGAAGAUGGACUUUGCCACUCAACUGAUGGAACAAAGAAAAGAAAGAAGGUGAUAUCACAGUCAUUUACUCUGAGACGAAGCUCCACCAAUGGGAAUUCCCCAGGGCAGCUAGACUCGGGUACCAAAAUUGCUCUGUUUGGCCAGCCUCUGGCAAUUAUCUGUGGGGAAGAUGACACACUGCCCCAGCCAGUCGAGGAACUCCUAGCUAUAUUGUACAGGAAAGGACCUUCUACUGAAGGGAUAUUCAGAAAAGCUGCCAAUGAGAAAGCACGAAAGGAGUUGAAGGAGGACUUAAACAAAGGCGGGAAUGUUGAUUUGAAAAGCAAAUCUGUGCACCUGCUGGCAGUGGUCUUGAAGGACUUCCUACGAAAUAUUCCCUCCAAACUCCUGUCGGCCGACCUCUAUGAGCAGUGGAUGCAAGCUCUGGAGAAGCCAAGCAAGCAGGAAAAAAUUGAAGAAUUGAAAGAGGUGGCUGACAAACUGCCUAGACCAAACCUCGUCUUGCUCAAGCACCUGCUGUCUCUGCUCCGCCACAUCAGCCAAAAUGCCGAGGCCAACAGGAUGGACUCCAGCAACCUGGCCAUCUGCGUCGGCCCAAAUAUGCUGAGCCCAGAGGCGGACAGCACGCUCCCCCUGGAAGUGCAGAAGGAGAUGAAUGACAAGGUGACAGUGUUGGUUGAGUUCCUCAUAAACAACUGCUCAGAAAUAUUUGGGGAGGACACUGCCUUGCCUGUCCGUGCCUUGGCUGAGGAGUCACUGGAGCACACAGACAGCUCCACAGAACACCUAUGUGCUGCUCAUCAGACUGACUCUGCCUAUGACAGUGCAGAUCCUGAAGCUGAAGGCAGCCCCCAUACCUCUCAGAUGGAGCAGCCCAAAGGGAGGAGCACUAGUGUGAGCAGAAGAUAUCCAACAUGCAUCUCUGCCUCUUCAUUGACUAAUUUCAGAAAUGACAUCAGCACGAUGGACAGGAGGUACUCAGAGCCAGAUCUGUCCUUCCAGAACCGCCUUGAAGGCAGGAUAAGGAAACAGAAGCUAAACAAAAGUGAGGACAAUUUUCCUGUUCAGCAGAAACAGCCGGGGUUGGAGGCACUGCAGAAACAGCUUUCACUCUUACCUUCACAAUUAUCAACUGACUCUCUACCCAAAACAUCCUCUAGUUGCUCCCUGGAGAGCUCCGAUGGCUCAGUCUUCACCAGCUCCCCAGUAGUUUCACCCUCUAGUCCCAAAAAAAUCUUUUCCACCAAGGCCACUGAAGACUGCAGCACACCUGGUAGAGAGAUCAAAAAGCAUUCCUUGUCAUUCUCUUUUGCAAACCGCAGGAAAACACUACUAAAAACCCAGAGUUGGGGGCCUGGAAAACCCAUGAGUUUUCAGAGAGACAGUUCCACAAAGAAAGAAGAUCAGUUCUGCUGCAGAGUUGUCCAAGAGAACAGCCCUGAUGAUGCCAAACCAUUGCCUGUGGCGUAUCAGCAAAGGCCUCGUUUCAGGUCAGCUGAUGAAGUGUUCAGAGAGGUAGACCAGAGGAAUCCUGGAAGACCACCUUCUUAUGAAGAGGCUACUAAAAACUGCCUGGCCACGAAACUUCCCUCCCACAGUCUCACAGUUCAAACUAUGAGAUUAAAGAUGUCAAACCAGGAUGCUUUGCUGCCUCACCCAUGCAGCAGCUGUGCAGAGGACAUAGCAUAUACAGCUCUAAGGGAUCUACCCAGUGGCAGAGUUUCUGCAUUAAAGGAUUCUGAUGUGGAAAGUGAAAUCCUCAGUGUCACUGUGGGAAUAAACUCCCGUGUGAGUUUACCUGUGACCCCAGGAGUCUACCGAUUGAGAGCCAUGUCUGAAUCCUGCCAAAAGAACAAACUUGAGUACGUGGCUCGGAGGUGCAGCCAGCCAGUUUUUGAGGUAGACCAGAUCCAGUAUGCUAAGGAAUCCUAUGUUUAAAAAGCCUAUCACUCCUCUUCGCACUGUACAAAGUGAAUACUGUAAAAAUAGACAUCUUGCUCAUCCUUUGUAAGAUUUUACUUUUGAGACACCAAGAAUAAGCUAGCUCUGCAUGAACAUUUUUUUAUCCUGAGGCUCUUCUGAAGUGUCUGUCAGCUUGACAUGUCACAUUCUUUCACCACAAGAGGUGGUGGUGGGGAAGACCUGUGUAUUAUUAUGUAAAAAUGUAAGUGAAUAUGCUGUACAUAACCUGUUGUGGGAAAACUAGUUAGUCGUUGAUAAACAGUGUUGUAUUUGUAUCCCUGAAAGGACAAUUAAGAGGUUGGCAGGUCCAAAACCUGUCCCUUUCCUUCCUUUUCUUUUCUGUAUGGUCACAGACUCCAUGCCAUCUGUCACAGGUGUGUGCCAGGCUGAAGCAAUGCUUUGCUGCUUUUCUGCAUUAAGAAGUGGGCUGGCCGUUGCCCUAACUGGAGAAGAACUGUUCUGUCAUCAAGGUUACUUCAGCACUCCUCCAUAAACCCCCUGCACUUGCUGCCACCCCCUCUUCCUGCUUGCUGGUGAUGAGAAUGAUCUGACCACUAACAGCAUUAGUGUUGUGUACCGAGCCUGGGUUUAGAGCCACCGAAGCCCUACAAGGUCAUUAUGGGAAUGUAUCAAGUAAACCUCAUGUGGCUUGAGGCUUUUAUUCUAAAUAAACUGGACAGGCUAAGCAGAAAGAGCAUUUUCAGGGAAAAAAAAUCCAAACAACAAAAACUCCUGUAAGGAAACAUUGUGAAUUUCAGCUUUAAACAGUUAAAGCUGCAGCUCAUUAGAAAAAAAAAAAAAAAAAAAAAAAAAAGAAAAAAAAGAAAGGAUAAAAAAGAAAAUACCAGGUGGUAUCCUUAUAAUGUUGUAAAAAUGACUGGAAGUGCAAUGUGUUUUACAUGUAGGAACUUGUUUUGGUUAGCACUUACCUCCCCUUUUAUGGCUCAGCAUAGCGCUGAACCAGGAGUAGGGAGACUUUUGUUUUUCUCCUGUGUAACUUCACUACAAUAAAACAUUUUUCUGCAUGAAUUCUAAA